AUGACUGUUGGUGAUAACUUUUUUUUACCAAUAUUUUUCUCUCUUGCCUUCCCUUUCAUUUCUCUCUCGCUUUCCCUUUCUUUUCUCUCUCGCCUUUCCUUUCUUUUCUCUCUCUCUCUCUCUCGCCUUCCCUUUCUCUCUCUCUCGCCUUCCCUUUCUCUCUCUCUCCUUCCCUUUCUUUCUCUCUCUCCUUCCCUUUCUUUCUCUCUCCUUCCCUUUCUCUCUCUCUCCUUCCCUUUCUUUCUCUCUCUCCUUCCCUUUCUUUCUCUCUCUCUCCUUUCCUCUCUCUCCUUUCCUUUCUUUCUCUCUCUCCUUUCCUUUCUACCUCUCUCGCCUUCCCUUUCUACCUCUCUCGCCUUUCCUUUCUUUUCUACCUCUCUCGCCUUCCCUUUCUCUCUCUCUCGCCUUCUCUCUACUUUUACUCUCUCGCCUUCUCUCUACUUUUUCUCUCUCGCCUUCUCUCUACUUUUUCUCUCUCGCCUUUCCUUUACUUUUUCUCUCUCGCCUUUCCUUUACUUUUUCUCUUUCAAUAAGCAUAAUUUUAUUAUGAGUUUCUGCCUGUCUUUUUCUGCCGACCUUUCUCUUGCUCUGUGUCUACAUCACUGCCUUCUCCUCCUCUGUUUAUUUCUCAGCCUGCCUGUCCAUCUGUUUGUCUCUCCCUUUUUGUAUACUUUUCUACCUGACUGUAUCUUUGUCGCUCUCUUGCUUUCUACCUCUCUUUCUCUGUUUACCUCUAUACCUGUCUCUCUCUGCCUCCCUAUAUACCUCGUUAUUUGCCUUUUUUUCACGGUUCACUUUUGA